UGGAAUCGCAAUGGGAACACCACAUUUGAUUGUAUACAUUACAUGUUUAAUGGGCAUAUUACUAAACUUGUGUAGUGGGACACCAUUUCCUGAAAAGUCCACCCUUAACAGUCCAACAGUUGAUCGUAUAUUUUCUAAAGUUGCAAUAGCUGAACAAUACAACCUUCUAAAUACCAAUAAUAAUAAUAAUGAUAAUAAUGUUAAUCAUAUUGAACCAGAGAUAAUGCCAAUAUCUCCUGUACGAUUUGGUGGUCGACAUCGUCGGCAUAAUCGUGAAAUGCGACGUCUUUUACGAAAACAACGACGUAUGAUGAGAGAACAACGCAGAAUGUAUCGUCGAGGUUAUGGGCCUUUCUAUAGGAAUCGUUUAUAAAUAAAAAAAAACUUUGGUAAUUCCUCCUCCUAGUAAGUUUCACAAGAGCAAUAUCGAUUUCUUCUAAUAAAACGUUCUAAAAGACUAUUUUAAAAUUGGCGCCUAUUAUUUAAACAAAAUAAUUAUUUAUAACUAUUCCAUUCAAUGUUUCAAUUUUUUAUUACUCGUUUAGUUAUU